UCCCUUUUGGGCAGCCGGUCCCUGCUGCCGGCUCCGUCCAGGGGCCGCUCCUUUCUCCAUUGGCCGCCGCUGCCCCGGCAACGCAGUGCUUCCAAUCUGGCAAGGAUUUUCUACCAUUUGAAGAUUAUUGACAGUUCAAGAUACACCAGAGCUUGGAGAUGGACAAAAAUGCUCAGCCUUCAGACAUGGACAAUGAUUCCAGGCCUCUCCUGAACUCAGAGGAAGAGGAAGAAAUCGGUGGAAUGCUGAAUAUUCAGUGUAACUCAGCAGAUCUUCAAGUCAAAAGGCCUUUCCACGUAGAGCCCACCAACAUCGUAAACGUGAACAGUGACAUGCAGAGAGUCAGGCCCCACGCCUCAGCCAUGAACAAGCGGAUUCAAUACUAUAGUCGGCUCACCUCUCCUUCAGACAAGGCUCUGAUUGCCCCAGAUCACGUCCUUCCGGCCCCAGGAGACCUCUAUUUUUACAGUCCGUUAGGUUCUGCUUUCAAACUAGAGACCUGUAGCGACGGUCAUGGUAAAAACAGCAGCUUAGUAACUAUUUUCAUGAUCUGGAAUACUAUGAUGGGAACGUCUAUACUAAGUAUUCCGUGGGGAAUAAAGCAGGCCGGAUUUACUGCUGGAAUCAGUCUCAUAGUGCUGAUGGGCCUUCUGACACUUUAUUGCUGUUACAGAGUGGUGAAGUCACGGACUACAAUAACUUCAGUAGAUACCUCAGUCUGGGAAUUUCCUGAUGUGUGCAAGUACUAUUUUGGCUCCUUUGGGCAUUGGUCCAGCCUCAUGUUCUCCCUGGUAUCUCUCGUCGGGGCCAUGAUAGUUUACUGGGUGCUGAUGUCCAAUUUCCUUUUCAACACCGGGAAGUUUAUUUUUAAUUAUGUUCAUAAUAUUAAUAUCACAGAUCCUGUUCUUGGUACCAAUGACAGCAACAAAGUGAUUUGUCCCAGCGCCGGUGGGCAGCCCGCUAACCACAGCAUGGUGGUCAUCCUCUCCAACGACACCGGCCUGCAGCAGUUCGACAAGUGGUGGAGCAAAACUCACACGGUGCCCUCUUACCUUGUGCUCAUCCUCCUGCCGCUGCUCAAUUUCAAGUCUCCCUCGUUUUUCGCCAAGUUCAACAUCCUAGGCACAGUGUCGGUUAUUUAUCUGGUUUUCCUUGUCACCUUAAAAGCUGCUCGUCUUGGAUUCCAUUUGGAAUUUCACUGGCUCUCACCAACGGAGUUUUUUGUACCAGAGCUCAGAGUUCUGUUUCCCCACCUAACCGGAAUCCUCACCCUCGCUUUCUUCAUCCAUAAUUGUGUCAUCACGCUCUUAAAGAACAACAAAAACCAAGAAAACAAUGUAAGGGACCUGUCUAUUGCUUACUUUCUGGUGGGAUUAACGUACCUCUACGUUGGCGUCUUGAUUUUUGCAUCAUUUCCCUCUCCGCCAUUGUCCAAAGAAUGCAUUGAGGAGAACUUUUUAGACAACUUCCCCAGCAGUGACAUCCUGUCGUUCGUCGCGAGGAUAUUCUUGCUGUUCCAGAUGAUGACCGUGUACCCUUUGCUGGGCUACUUGGCCCGUGUCCAGCUAAUGGGACACCUCUUCGGAGAAGCUUACCCAAGCAUUAUCCACGUACUGCUUCUAAACGUAGCCAUCGUGGGAGCUGGAGUGAUCGUGGCAUGUUUCUACCCAAACAUAGGCGGGAUCAUAAGGUAUUCAGGAGCAGCAUGCGGCCUGGCCUUCGUGUUCGUGUAUCCUUCCCUCAUCCACAUGAUCAGCCUCUACCAAGAAGAGCGUCUGACAUGGCCCACGGUUUUCUUCCACUCGUUCGUCAUUUUCCUGGGCCUGGCUAACAUGAUCGCACAGUUUCUGAUGUGAAAGCCCCAGCUUCAUUUUCCCAAGACCUUCCUCGGUAUUUCAAACUCAGGCGGCAGUACCGCGUAAACUUGGCCGUAAAUGCUCAUCGUGGUUUCUGCGAUUCCCUCGCCGGGAACGGUUGUGGUGGAUUCGGGGGGAUCGGUGCCGGGAGGAGGGCAACAAGAAAGAAAGAGGCGCGACGCUGCCCGUUUCUCUUCCUGCCUCUCCUUCUCCCUUUCUUCCCCCCUCCACCGUCCCUCCUCCUUCCUCGAUGGCUCCCCUUGGGUCGGUGGCGCGGUUUCCUUUUCAGAUAGGGAUAUAGGCACGUGGAGGGACUUUGCUGCCCUUUGCUUGGUGAGGGCAUUUGUUAAGGGGUUUAUUUGGAGCAGGGUCAGCUCUACCACCACUAGUAGAAGUGAAAGCUGUUCUCUUUUUCUCUUCUUUUGGUAAAUAUCUGGCUGUCAACUGGAGCGAGGGACUGUAAAGCCGGACCGGUCCUUUCUAGGCUGAAUGUCUCCUGUGCAUGUGCCCCCUCUGUUUUCAAAUGGGGCAUUGUUGGCACAGGCCAUUUGGCCAGUACUGAUCUGUGCAAGGUGAAUAAAGCAAGUGGGCCUCAAUCAA